GAUGGACCAUGUCUGAAAAUAUAACAGCGUGAGCAACCUGCCGCGGUGUAGUGAAGGACAACCGGGGAAGAGCACGCGUACAUCGUUACUUGAUCAAACCACACGACGGGUGUCGGGUUUCACCCAGGGGGCAGCGCCUUCAGGGACGAGCGCCCGUUCCCGUGGAUAUCCGUGUAACAGCACGUGACGAGCCCAUAGCAGCUAACUGCUUCUGGAAUGAGCACCUCACGCCAAGAAGGGUCAAGAAAGUUCCAGAGCUUAACACAGCCCCUCCCCUUCUAUCAAUAUAUCUCUCAUUCUGUCUCUAGCUGUUUCUCAUUUACCAUGUUGAUGGUCGGACUCAUAUCGCUGCUGUUGCUACGGGUGUGUGGUUGUCGGGUGGCGGAUGCCCCCGAUGAUGUGACGGCUGAGUUCUCGGUCAGGUUGUACCACCAGCUCCAGAUGGUGGGUGGAGAGGAGGACAACAUCAUCUUCUCCCCACUAAGCGUGGCUGUGGCGCUGGGCAUGGUGGAGCUCGGGGCCAGGGGCUCUUCGCUGGAGCAAAUCAGGCAGGCAGUGGGCUACAGCCACUUCCGAGAAGACGAGGAGUUCUCCGCUCUGAGGAACCUCACGCAGGCCCUGGCGGCAGAUGAGGCGCAGUACGUGGUGCGUCUGGCGAAUUCGCUCUUCCUGCAGACAGGCGUGAGCUUCAGCCCGGACUUCCUGCGCCUCAUGAAACACUACUUCCACGCCGAGGCAGAGACGGUGGACUUCAGUGAGGCAGCGGCCGCGGCCGAGCACAUCAACACCUGGGUGCAGAACCACACCGAGAGUAAGAUCCAUGACCUGGUGUCUCCAGACGACUUCAGCAGCAUGACGAGGAUCACCCUGGUCAAUGCCGUCUACUUCAGGGGCAGCUGGAAGAACCAAUUCCGGCCUGAGAACACCAGGACAUUCUCCUUCAGCAAGGACGAUGGCAGCGAGGUACAGACGCUAAUGAUGUACCAGCAAGGAGACUUCUACUAUGGUGAGUUCAGCGAUGGCACCACGGAGGCGGGUGGGGUAUACCAGGUACUGGAGAUGCCCUAUGAGGGUGAGGACCUGAGCAUGACAAUCGUGCUGCCCAGGCAAGAGGUCCCUCUGGCCACACUGGAGCCCAUCAUCAAAGCCCAGCUGCUGGAAGACUGGGCCAACAACGUCAAGAAGCAGAAAGUCGAGGUCUACCUGCCGAGGUUUAAAGUGGAGCAGAGGAUCGACCUGAGAGACAAUCUGCAGCAACUGGGCAUCAAGAACAUCUUCACUAAAGAUGCAGACCUGUCGGCCAUGAUGGCUGAGACAGCAGAGGGGAAGGAGUUGUUCAUAGGGAAAGCUGUGCAGAAGGCUUACCUGGAAGUGACUGAGGAGGGGGCAGAGGGUGCGGCAGGGUCAGGUAUGAUUGCUUUGACCAGGACUCUGGUGCUGUACCCACAGGUCAUGGCUGACCACCCGUUCUUCUUUGUCAUCAGAAAUAGGAAGACAGGAUCCAUUCUCUUUAUGGGCAGAGUCAUGAACCCUGAAGUCGUCGAACCCUUCGAUCACGACUUUGACUCUGUGUAAACAUUUGACUUGAAAUCCGGGGACACAGCUGCACUCUGAGACACAUGGCCUAAAGAGUGCAACGUCACAACAACAAAUAACCAUUGUUCCCCCUCAUGGUUUUGUACAAAGAGGACCCUGAAUACUCAGAAUAUAUUAUAUAUAAUAUUUGAUUGUGUUUUUAUACUCUCAAUUUUAACCCCACAAAGAAAAUUUGUAAAUAUAUCUAUGAAAUUCUUGACUUCCAUGGCCAGUGCUGAUAAAAGAGAUAGAUAAGUUUAUGUUCAUGGGCUAAUUUGCAUUGUUUAUUUUUCACAAACCUUAGAGCAUGCAGACAUCCUGCAGUCUUUGUUACUGUACAUUUUGCUAUUGUAUUACAAAAAGAAAAGUAGAUAUUUAUUGCAAAACAGUGUGCAAUUUUCUCUCUUUUUUGUGGGGGGGGGGCACGUGUGUGUAAUAUAUUCUUUUCAUAGAAACUUGGUAAUUCAUUUUCUUUUUAUUUCAAUGUGGCUGAAGUACUGCUGAAAAUACAGAUAUGCCUUAUAAAUAGAUUUUGAUUUAAUGAACAGGUAGGAAGCAGGGUUACCAUGGCAACUCUGCAUGCAGACUGACUGGCAGAGACUGUCUGGUGUACAGGGGUGACAAAGAACACCAAUUGUAUUAUCAAUUUCAAAAAUAAACAUGAAUGUAGACAAGG